AUGAUGGCCUUCUCCAUCGCCUCAACAUCCGUUGCGGCUGCUCCUGUACCCAUCACCACUGCGCACAACCUUGACACACCGACAAACACGAACCUUGCCACCGUCACCACCAUCGGUGUGGACUCGGUCCAUACCCGCUAUCACUGCGAUUGUGCAUGCACCGAAAACAUCACUUGCGAAUCCAUCACACAGAGACUGGCGAACAAGUACCUGAGACACCAACCUACAUUCGCCAUACCCGCUGAAAUUAUCCUCACUGCACCCGCGCACUUACUUACUGCAUGGGCCUUCUAG